AAUGAGACCCAUUACAUCCCUGCUUGGCACUCAGCAUCAAGGGUUGGAAUUGGGGGUUAAAUCACCAAUAAUGAUUCCCGGGCACAGCACCGUUGCUGCCCACUGCUCCCCUCACCUCCCGGGGGGGUGAUCAAGGGGAUGGGUCAAAUGCAGAGGACAAAUUUCACCACAUCUAGAUUUAGGAGUGAAGUGACUGGUCCAGGCAGUUCCUUUUAGAGUUCCGUGUGAAGACAGCAUGGCUCAACUGGUGGAAUGUGUCCCAAACUUCUCAGAGGGGCGAAAUCAAGAGGUUAUUGAUGCCAUCUCAGCGGCCAUCAGCAGCACGCCUGGCUGUAGCCUGUUGGACGUCGACCCCGGUGCCUCCACCAACCGGACUGUUUACACGUUUGUGGGCACUCCUGAAGCUGUGGUGGAAGGCGCGCUGAACGCUGCCCGUCAUGCAUUCAGCCUGAUCGACAUGAGCCAACACACAGGGGAGCACCCUCGUAUGGGAGCGCUGGAUGUCUGUCCUUUCAUUCCUGUCCAGAACGUCAGCAUGGAGGACUGCGUCCACUGCGCCAACAUCUUUGGACAGAAAUUGGCGUCCUUGCUACACGUGCCUGUGUUCCUUUACGGCGAAGCAGCAAAAAACGAAGCAAGAAGAAGUCUUCCGUCAGUGAGAGCUGGCGAGUAUGAAGCUUUACCCGACAAGCUGCAACAGACGGAGUGGGCUCCGGAUUUUGGACCUAGCACCUUUGUGGCAUCCUGGGGGGCUACAGUGACUGGCGCUCGUAAGUUCCUCAUCGCCUACAACAUCAACGUGAUCGGUACCAAAGAGCAGGCACAUCGCAUUGCACUGGACAUCAGGGAACAAGGACGAGGCAAAGACCAGCCAGGGUUGCUGAAGAAGGUGCAAGCUAUGGGCUGGUACCUUGAAGAAGCUAACAUUGCUCAGGUGUCCACCAACAUCCUGGACUACCAACAAACCUCCCUUCACUGCACCUAUGAAGCCAUCUGCAAGAAAGCUCAGGAUCUCAGGCUGCCGGUUGUCGGCUCUCAGAUCGUUGGUUUGAUUCCUCUUAAAGCUCUUCUGGAUGCUGCAGACUUUUACAUCCAUAGAGAAGAACUCUUCAUCAUAGAGGAGGAGCACAAAUUGCGGAUGGUGAUCAGCAAGCUGGGUCUGGACUCGCUGGGUAUCUUCAAAGCAAAAGAACGAAUUAUCGAGUACAUGGUGAGGUCGCAGGACAACGGCCGCCUGGUGUCUCUUCCUCUGAAGGAGUUUGUUCACAGCGUCGGAGCUCGAACAGCAGCCCCCGGUGGAGGAUCAGUGUCUGCUGCCGUGGCUGCCCUGGGAGCGGCGCUUGGCGCCAUGGUUGGCCAGAUGACAUACGGCAAGAGACAGUUUGAGAGCGUGGACGCUGUGAUGAGAAGGCUGAUUCCUCCAUUCCAUCAGGCCAUGAAUGAGCUGCUGGACAUGGUGGACAGCGACUCUUCUGCUUUCAACACUUACAUGGCAGCUUUGAAGAUGCCCAAACAUUCCCAGGAGGAACUAAAAAGACGUGAGGCAGCGAUGCAGGACGGUCUGAAGCGAGCGGUGAGUGUCCCGUUGGCUCUGGCCCUAAAAAUCAGUGUCCUCUGGUCGCCGCUCAAAGAACUUGUCCUCUAUGGGAAUAUCAACUGUAAAUCAGACGCUCAGGUUGCAGCCAAAGCGUUGGAGAUGGCGGUUUUUGGGGCAUACUAUAACGUCACCAUCAACCUUCAGGACAUCACAGAUGAUAAUUUUAAGAUGGAGACUCAGUCCAGAGUCACAGCGUUGUUGCAGGAAGCGAAAAGCUGCGUCGCCGAUAUCCUCGAUACUGCGGACAAGCGCACCUGAGCGCUGACAUGAAAUUGUAUUUAAAUCUUCCAAUUCAGAAAUUGUCAGCACCUUGCUCAAAAAGGUUCAUUAUGUCUUCUUAUUCAUUUACUUUUCAAAUGUUCUUGUAAUCAGACAAUAUUUUUGGUAAAUUAGAUGGAAUAUUUACCUGACAUGUUUCUACAGUCAUCUGCACUCUUCUUCAGAAGGGUCACCUGACCACAGUGAUGUGCUGCUCAGCUGUUCUUAUAGGCGUGGCCAACCAGGCAGAUCUGUCAAGUCUACCUGGUUGCCCCCCCGCCGCUUGAUGGUCAUCCUAAUUGAUGGUUUCCUUCGGCCGCUUUCUUAGUUCGAUCGCCUUCUUAAUCCAUCGUUUGAACUUUCUGUCCUGAUGAUUUUGGCGUUGUCCCAGUCCAUGAUGUGUUUAUUUUGCAAUGAUCUGAUAUGGCUGAUUUUAAGAUUUCCUGUUCGGAUUUUUGUUUUAGGCUUCUUGUAUACCUUCCAGUUGUCUCUUUUUCACAUUCUUUCUGAUGUUCUUUCUUCUGUGUGUUGAAUUUCCUCCCUGUUUCUCCAAUGUAUGAUUUUUUGCAUGAUUUACACGGGAUUUCAUAAAUUUGCAUUUGUUGUCUUGUUGUAUUUGGUCUUUUGGAUGUACAAGUAACUGUCUUGUUUUUGUGUGAGGUCAGUCGAAACAUGUCAGGUAAAAAUUCCAUUUAAUAUACCGAAAAUAUUGUCUGAUUCCAAUAAAAUUUGAAAAGUAUUGUCAGCACCUUAUUGGCUGUGCAGCAUUGUACAAUAUUGUGCAGUAGUUAAUAAAUAGAUAUUAAAUAUGAAUAAAAAUAAAUCACGCAAUAUUUAUAAACUUGCACUAAUUUGCAAUAAAACAGUCCAUAUACUGUAUCUAAUAUUAACAGCUAAGGGGUGAUACGAUGCAAAACCCACUUUUUCUGCCUGUUGGCACCCAUUUUUUACAUAUUUGGGAGUGCAGAAAAUGGGAAUUCAAACCAUGGAGGCGUUGCCGAGAUAUUUAUAAAACAAUUUUGCUUUCUUCCAAACAAGCUGUUGGAUGUCUGCCCUGACUUGUUAAGUCAGUGGAUAUAUUUAUGCAUGGUAAAUAUGCUGUUCCCAUCCGAGAUGUAACAGCUAGCAUAAACUCAUUUCCUCAAAGAUUCCUCCAAUGAACAGGCGACGUGUUGUAAUCGGCAGAAAUAUUUAUUGAAGAAAAUGUCAAACUGCAAUAAAACAUGUACACUGAAAAGUACCACAACUUAACUAACAAAUAUACAGUAAAGUAUAUCUAAUACAUUUUGCGAAUAAUAAUCAACAUAAAACUUUUCCUAAACUUAUUAAACUAAAAUGCACUUCCUGGCAAUGCCACAUGAAAGGAGCUGAAUGCGAAAGGUGAAUGAUUGUGCCACCGUGCACCAACAUAUGUCUCUCCCAACAAAAUGACUGCCUUCUGGAUGUUACAGAUAGUUUCUGUAUAACAGAAUGUGCCAAAAUAAAGGCCCCAACUUCCAAAUACAUUUUAGCCAAUUAAGUCCCUAAUCUGUUACAACACACUCCAGAGGAUGCCACAACCACAUAAUACCUGAGUCCAACAGGAGAACCAACUAGGAGACAUGCCUGAGGUACAGUAUGUCUUUAGGUGCAGGUGGGACGUCACCUUUACGUCCACCUACCUUGAGGUUUGGCUUCUUGCUGUGCAACUUUCUGUCGAAUCUCCUAUUGGUAUCUUUUUUCUAUCCUUCUUGUGUUUUGGUGUCCAGUCUGCUGGGAGACUUAGAGGUGCUCUGUGUGGACGUCACCGAAGCGCUGCAGUUGCUGUAGCAUCCGUCUUGACGCUGUAUAGUCCUUCUGGGUUUCUCAGUAGUUCCUUUUUGUUUGCUCUUGUCAUUGUGCUUGUGCUUUGGUUUUCCUGACCUGUACCUCCUCCUUUGCUGGAGCCAGAAGCAAACCUGACAUUUGUGUUUAUUCCCACUCUUUUCUUUUUGUUCAGCUCUGCGAGUAGGUGAUGAACAGCCAAACCGACUUCUUCUUUGACUGGACUUUUUCUUCUUUGUUUUCAUUGGACGAGUAGAUGGGGAACUGUGUGAUUUAAAGUUCUGUCUGUUUUCACCGUGAUGAUCAUCAUUUGCACAGUCUCCGUCUUCGUCGGCAAGCAAUUAAUUAUCCUCAAACCAUUCAGGAUUGUGGUGCGAGUGCUUUAUUUCUUGUUGUGAACCCUCUCUUGCGGGGACACCUUCUCAGUCCAUCAGCAUUUGUUUCAAUCAAUCAAUCAAUCAAAGUUUAUCUAUAUAGCCCUUAAUCAUAAGUGUCUCAAAGGGCUGCACAAGCCCCAACGACAUCCUUGGCUUAGAUCCCACAUCAGGGCAAGAAAAAAACUCAGCCCAUCGGGCGCAAUGAGAAACCUUGGAAGGGACCGCAGAUGUGGGGACCCCUCCGGCCCCCGAGUGACCGGUGCAAUGCCGAAUCGAUACAGUUAAUAAUGUGAGAGUCCAGUCCAUAGUGGGGCCGGCGGAGGAACCUCGUUCAUGUAGACACGUCGCGGCGCAGAGACAUCACCGGCUGAUGCAUAAGGAGUGGUCACCCUGGGUUCCGACAUCAUGUGCAAGUUUGAAUGUGCUCUCUUUCUUAGGAGUGUGUGCGCCACCUAGGCAGACGUCGCCAACAAUGACCCACCCAAGGUCAUGCUUCUGGGCAAAGGGAACACUACAGGGCCACUAUACUGCUGACACACCUUAUGGACAAAAUGUCCGCAGUGGAAUCCUGGGAGGUAUUUGGUCCGCUAUAGUUCGCAUGAGAUUGUGGUGGUAUACUGCCUCCGGAGUUCGAAUCUGUGCUCAGCAGUUGGGGACAUUAUUGUGUUCUAUCAGGGUGGGAAGCGGAAUGGUUAUUUCUCUUGUGAAUGACUCAACAACGUAACCAUGGGAUUUUCCUUUGGUCACAUUAAUAACUCCAGCACAUGUAGACAGGAGGUCUUUUACUGACAGUCCUUUUACGCCAAAGGCAUGAAAGAGCUCUGUCUUAGCUGAGAUGUUGCAUUGAUUGUCUGAGAUCGCUUAAUUACAACGUUUUGCUUUCUACCUGAUUACCUUGUGGAUUUACGUUGACCAGGCAGAUCUUCAAACAUAAUUUCCCACUGCUACCUGUGCCACAGACUUGUGUACACAUUGUACUACCAACUGAGAUUGAUACAUCUCCAGGGGCCGUCUCUAGCUACCCGCCAUUGUCUUUAGAUGGGUUCUUGGGGUCUUUGACUCCUUGAUUACAGGAGCUGGAUGGAGUGCAGCUUCACGUCUUUCACUUUUGCACUCUGCACAUCUUAUUGAAGUUACACGGUUCCUUGUCAGGUGAGAAACUGACGCACAGUAGCAAAAACAUAUGCUGUUGUCUUUGAGGAAUUUCGUCCUGUCGUCUCACAGCAUUGCUCGAAAGUUCUUGCAUUUCUUAAGUUGGUGCGUUUUAUAUGUAUUAGUACCUACUUUUGUGUAUUUGGGAUCUGCAUUGGUCCCAAGAAUCAAAGUGUGGAGGUAUUGUAGAGAUUCUUAUAAAUAAUCUUGCCUUCCUUCAUACUUCCGCCAAAUGAGCCGUUCGGAAUUUGCACAACCUGUGACGUUUAAUUUAUGUAUAGUCCGCACGACAACAUGCCUAAAGUAUGGCCCGAAGAAUGAAAUUGCUCUGUUAUUGGUUGCAUUAACCAAUACAGGUCACAACACACACCUCCAGUCUCAUCUGAAGAACUAAAUAGUGCCUGGUUAACUUUUUAGUUUUGUGGCAAUGUGCCUUCAACUGGGAAGAAGCAUCUCUUUAUGUGCCAACAACUUCGGAGAGUCCUGCUUCACAAACCUGUGACAAUAUAAAGACACAUAUUUCCAAAAGUUACUUUUAAUGGCGGAGUCGGUAACUACUAUUUAUGGCAAUAAAGGAGAAACUGAAACGAUAAGUAAUAACAGUAAAUUGGCGAUGUUAGCUCAAUUUGUAGUUUAGCCUUCUAAUGUAGGACAACAGCUUCAUCAACCUCAGGUAGACUAUAAAUAAUUUUUCUAAAAGCUACUUUUUAAGGGUAAGAUUAUUGGAACGACAGACAUAAUACGAACCAUUGAGGUGCAUUCAUUUUAAGUCUUAAAGCCCAAGUUUCUUCUCCAGUUCUUUUUUGCAUCGAAUCUGACUCUGGCUCGUAAAUAUAUAGUUGAAAGCUAAAAUCAGUCGCUGUUGCCAUGUAUGUUGCAUCUCAAACGUUGAAUACACUUAGAAGGAGCUAUGUUUUCCUGCAGAAAGUAUACAGUAUACAUACUUACUGUGAUGUUAUGAGCUAGGGAAUAUAAGAGCUACACUACCCAGCAUGCAACAGUAGUGAUGACAUGCACGGUAUCCCCGGUGAAGGCCAUGUCGGCAGCUAGAAUGUGGUUAUGAGCACGCUAUGUGAGUAAAUGUUGAGAACUCAGCCAACACGCCUCGUCUGCAUUUAUUACAAUUAGACAGACAACACACUUACUAUGUGAGAAGUAACAAUAAAUAAAUCCGUGAACCUGAA